AUGGCCCCCAAAGUAGCCGCCUUAGCACAGAGUGAAUCGAAAUCCAAGUUCUUCCACCGGCUUGGUCUGCGAACGGACAAGUUGCACGACCGGCGACUAUAUGCAACAAUGAAGAUGGAGGCUGCCGAAGGGAGGAAGCACUUGAUCGACAGUCAUGCUCCGGACGAGACAAUCAACGAGACCGCUAUGCAUCGCGAGAUUCUGCGUAUAUAUAGUAAUGCGAGCGAGCGGACCAAGGCCGUCUACGAACUUGGCCAUGAUACCGAAGGCGUGGGAGAGGAGAAUUGGGUAGUUCGCUGGCUAUUAUGGCAUGCAUUCAGAUACCGGGAUCAGCGCAACAACCGCAAGUCGAGGUCGGGUUCGCAGAUCUCUGUCUCUGGAGAUGAAGAAGACCUCUCUUCCAGCGCGGAUGUUCAAAGUACACCAGAGUUUGGUUUGCCGGCCGAAGGCAGUAGCAUCGGCGCCAGUCGUGUCGAGAAUGUGGAAGUUGCGCGGAGCCCCCGUCGAUUCUGGGAUCCUGUUCGCGGCGCGUGGCAGGAUGCAUGA